AUGGAUGAUCAGCAGCUCUCACCGAUGCAAUCAACGUCAGAAUUUGGUGAAUCAAAGAAAGAAUUAAGACAAAAAUUGGAAUGUUGUGUCGACAAUGCAUUACUGCAUCUUAGCUAUCACGGGAAAAAGAAGAAACGAAUCAAAUUGGAGCCACAUGUAAGCCAAUAUGAUGAUAUCUCAUAUAAUCUAAACAAAAAGAUUGAACGUGAAGCAUUGAAUGUUCCAAUACGUGCAUGGAAUUUUCCUCUACGCUUACUUCUAAAUCCACAUACUGGACGAAGGGUAGAACGUCUAUAUUUGUCGAAGAUCUUAGAUGUACCAUCAUCCUUUGGUCAAGUGGACAAGUUGACCACUUCAAAGAAAAGCUGUGAUGAAUAUGAAAUGAUGCUACCAACCACUGUUACACCUCGACUAUUGUCCAAAGAACAAGCGUUUUGGACAGCAGAACACCUGGUUCCAUGGAAUUACCACCAUCGGUAG